GUCAAAAAUGAACCCUGUCAAAAUAAUUUUUUCUUCCCACUUAUUUCGUUCAUGCCCCCGUAUAAUUGUUUUAUCGGUAAUUUGAAGUCAAGCACUGUCUGAUCUGAACACUUGGUAGUUCGAUACAAAAAUGUAUUCGUUAUUAAUCAAUUCGUUCUUUUCAGGCCAUUCUGUACAGCUGUCCCAGAUAUUGAGUAUGCGAUAAUGAAUAACAAACAAAUAUUGCGCUAUUGUAUAGUAUUUGCCAAUUUGAGUGCGUUAAUGUUUUUUACUAUCAAAACCGCUUGACGCCGGAAGUUUUUUUAUCUGUAAAAUUAAAGCACGGUGUAACACACACACACACACAUAACUGCGUGCACUGAUAGCGAUGCAUAAAAUUCAUGAAACCCGAAUACAAAUUAAAAGUGUGCAGCGAAGUAAGCGACUACUACAACGGUAUCAACAGUGCAACAAGGAAAAUAACAUCGGAAGCAAUUACCUAGGACGUGUUGUUCUGACAUGCCAAACGUUUCCGAUUGAUCCUUUUCCUUUACCUAAAAUUCUGCCCCAGAUCGCGUUACCUGAGACCAUGACAAUGACAAAUAAAUGUGCCUAUGGCGGGAACUAUCAGCAACAAACUGGGAAGCUGUCAAGGAAAAGGGACGCUGACGGUAACGAGGACAAGGACAGGAGGCGAAAAUCGGAUCUCGUGGAUCAGUUACUCCUCGAAAUUUAUUGGAAGAACUCGAAAAGGACCGACAGCACCUGCACCUCCGUGUCGUCUUUUAUUACCCAGAACAACUUUGGAUUGUCGAAAACUCAUUUAGAAGAGAAAGAUCGAGAGGAGCUAUUCUUAUUGUUGGACGAUUUACAACAGCAGUUGUUACAAGUUGGUAACCUAUUGGUGAGGCGAUUGAAACGCCGAGAUGCUCUGUGUCGGCAAAGAGAUCUCCACCUCGAAGUAGUCACUAAUAUUUUACAAAAGUAUGCUCAUGAAAAAUCGAACUUGCGAUUUUCUAUCGAUCCGGCGCAUGGAGAAUCGGGCUUUUCCCAAUGGAAAACUGCUAUGAAAAUGGUUGUGCAACUUCCGGAAGGCAUUCCCGCCGAAUUCCGUAAAAAAUUGUGGAUAAACUUAUCGGAAAAGUAUUUGUCGUCGCGAAACGUAAACUGGAAUAAAGUCGAGGCGGAAUGUUUCAGCGAAUGGGCGAAUCCUGCUGACACAGAACUUGACGUUCAAAUCGUCAAGGAUUUACAUAGGACAGGAUGCAGUUUAUUUUGUGGAGAAAACGGCCAGGAAAAACAAGCAAUCUUGAAGAAGGUGCUUCUGGCUUAUGCCAGGUGGAACAAACAUGUUGGUUACUGUCAGGGAUUUAACAUGCUAGCUGCUCUUAUUCUACAAGUGACCGAAGGAUGUGAAUCUGAUGCCUUGAAAAUAAUGAUAUUUUUAAUAGAAGGUGUUCUUCCUGAAUCUUAUUUUGCUGAUAGUCUACGAGGACUUUCGGUCGACAUGGUUGUCUUUAGAGAAUUUAUGAAAACGCGAUUGCCUCAGCUUUCGAACCAUCUGGAGAAACUGCAACAUACCACCAACGAUGGAAGUAUCAGCUAUGAACCACCUCUAACCAACGUCUUUACUAUGCAGUGGUUUCUCACGAUAUUUUGCAACUGUCUACCUCACACGACGGUCCUGAGGGUCUGGGACUUAAUUUUUUUAGAAGGGAAUGACAUCUUGUUGAGAGCUGCCCUGUGCAUAUGGCAACUUCUAGAAGAACGAAUAAUGACAGUCAGAAAUGCUGACGAAUUCUACUGCAUCAUGGGAGUAUUGACGCGAGAAAUGUUAGAACUAGACCUGGUGGAUGCCAACGUGUUGGUGGAAUUGAUCACGGAGAUGGGUCCAUUAAAAGAGUUACGAAACCUAAGAGAGAAAUAUUUGUACAAUAUCAACCCAUGGGCACCAUCAAGUAAUAGUAACGCCUGUGAAGUGGAUCGUCAAUUGAAACUGUACCAGAAGGAGAACCUAAAACUUGACAUAAGUGCUUUGAAAAAGCAGUACCUUAAACUGAAGCACAGACAAAGGCAAGCCCAUAUAAUAUUUACUGCGGCAAUCAACAAGCAACCACCUCCCAGUACUCCGCCCAUCGCUAUUAACCAUUUACUGCUCGGAAAAAGUGCUAUUCUACCCUCCAAACGUAUCGGGCCCCCAAAGGGAUCCAUUCCACCACCAAGACAAUUACCAAUUCCAGAAAAAGAAAUCACUACUAGUGAUACUUUGCUUUGGAGGGACGCGGAGCCAAGAAAACUUUCUACAUCUUCUUCUUCCUCAUCUGAUACAGAAUUAUGUGAUGAUUCAGAUGAUAAUGAGGAUUUGGAAGAGAAAACAGUUGUUUCCGAAAUCAAAAACGCCGAAGUAAAUGACGAUAGAAACAAUUAUGAAUCUGAAAUAAGUAAUAAUUUAUUGGUAGAUUUAGGCGAAGACCAAUUUGUUCCAUCCAGUUCCAACCUUCCUACAACUCCAGUUAAGGAAACUAAGGAAGAUGACGAAAAAAUACUCAAAAUUGAAACCGCAGAAUGUUCCGAUGAUUCAGAACUGGAUGAACUGUAUUUCGAACAGUUUUUGCAAAAAAGAGUCGAAACGUUAAAGAACACUGAUGUCACCCCUGCUGAAGAAGACACACAAGAAGCAAAUCGGAUAGGUCCAAAAGAAAGUCGCCAGAGGGCUUUAGAAAUAAUUCAAGAAAACUCAUUGAUUUUACAUCGGAUUUUACAAUGUCAACAGCAAACAAAUUCUUCUGAAAUGAACUCGCCCGAAAAACCUGACAUAAUCAAAGAAAAAGAGGAAGAAGACAUCCAUUUCAACAACUUCAAGGAACAUCUUCCUUUCGGAACAAUAUCAGACUAUACAUAUAAAUAUAUUGAAGAAGAAGAACAAUCAACAGUGUUAGAAAGUAUGUCCAAAAUAAAGGAUCCAUGUUCUCCUAUUGUUUCAAAAGAUUUAGAAAGUCAGUUGUACGAUAUAGAUCUCUCUUAUCAAGACGAUAACAGAAGUAGGUCUCCCCCGAAGUUACCUGAAUUCGACUUCACGUUCAACACGUCAUCAGUCAAAGAAGCUCCCUCGCCGUCCAAAAACUACUUCGAAGAUUCAGAAUCCAAGAAGGAUUUGAGCAAAAACGAAUUAGACAAUGACUAUUCGCGAGCUUUAGAGAAGAAAUACGAAGAACUGGUUUUGAAGCCGAGACGACCGAGCUUUUUAGACAUUUCUUCUUAUGAAAAGGACAAUGAAGAUGAUACCGACCGAUACAACACAAAAAGUAACGAGAAGACUGAAGAAAUAGGUAAUGGUCAAACUGUUAACUUAACGGAGAAACGAUAUUAUCCCCUGAAGAAAUCGCCUAGUAAAUCUCCAACGUCUGACCCUUUCCCCGUUCGUAUACUUUCUAGACAAAAUAAAGACGUCUGUAUUCGUUUAGGGCUUUAUAAAAAAUCGUAA